GGUUCAGCCCAGGCUGCGGGCGCUGCGGGGGGACCGGCACCCCGGGAAAGAGCCGCGGGGUGGGGCCGGUGUCCUCUCCGUGUAGGCCAAAGUCCCCGCGGGGCGCGGGCUGACCGUGGGGGCGGGGCAGCUUCUCACACCCUCCAGAGAAUGUAUGGCUGCGACGUGAGCGCAGACGGCCGUCUCCUCCGCGGGUACUAUCAGCUCGCCUACGAUGGCCAGGACUACAUCGCCCUGAACGAGGACUUGAGCUCCUGGACCGCGGCCGACAUGGCGGCUCAGAUCACCAGGCGCAAGUGGGAGGAGGCCGGUGAGGCAGAGCACUGGAGGGCCUACCUGGAGCACAGGUGCGUGGAGGGGCUGCGCAGAUACCUGGAGCACGGCAAGGAGACGCUGCAGCGCACAGAUCCCCCAAAGGCACACAUCACCCUCCACCCCACCUCUGAACAUAAGAUGACCCUGAGGUGCUGGGCGCUGGGCUUCUACCCUGCGGAGAUCACCCUGACCUGGCUGCGGGAUGGAGAGGAACAGACCCAGGAAAUGGAGCUGGUGGAGACCAGGCCUGCAGGAGAUGGAAGCUUCCAGAAGUGGGCAGCUGUGGUGAUGCCUUCUGGAGAGGAGCAGAGAUACACAUGCCAUGUGCAGCAUGAGGGGCUGCCUGAGCCCCUCAGCCUGACAUGGGAGCCGCCUGCUUGGCCCACCGGUCCCAAGACUGGAAUUGUCAUUGGCGUGGCCAUCUUUGCAGUUCUGGUUGUUGUAGCUGUGGUGGUUUUUGUGCUGUGGAGGAAGAAGACUGGAGGUAGGAAGGUGACAAGAGAGAAGGCUAUGAUAAGGCUGCAAGAGACGACAGUGACCAGGGUUCUGAUGCUUCCCUCAGAGCUGAAAAAGUGUGACACAGCUGCUUUGUGUGGUCUGAGAGGCACAGCAUUUGUUCCUGCCUCUCCUCCUCCCUCCUGGGACAUCAUGAGCUCCUGACUUCUCUUCCUGUACCUGGGUUCUGACCGUGUCCAGGCUUCUGUGUGCUGUCAGCCUCCUGUGAGGAACUGAGGAGCCAGCCCAGCCCUGAGCACCAGGACCCUCCCCACACUGACCUGGGUCUCUUUCCCCUCCAGCUGCUGCUCCAGCAGAGGCGGGGCCAGGGCUUCCCCAUCCCUGACUUCACUUUCCCUUGCUCUGAGCUGCAGCUGCUUGCUUUCCCGCUGAUAAAGAGAAUGUGGAUGUGGGUCUGUGUUUCAAAUUGUUGUCGUGGAAAAAGAUUGAAUAAAUCACUGAAUGAUUCCC